AUGGCUUCUUCCACACUCAAUCCUUCAGAGAAAUGGUCGCUGCUUGUGAGCGCCGGGGCUUCUCUGGCUGUGAUCGCAAACACGUUUCAGGGAGAUGGAGCGCCUCUCGUGGCGUCAGUCGCCUUCUCAACCCUGGCUUUCUCCAUGACUUAUGCUUUUGUGCGAUGGUCGGGCCCAGCGUUCGUCAAGGCGGGACUGAAGGGGAGAGACAUGAGCAAAACCAUGCCAAAAGAGAUUCCUGAGGCAAUGGGAGCAGUUGCUGCGGCGGUCUACAUCCUGGCUCUGAUGGCGUUCAUUCCUUUCGCCUUCUACAAGGACAUUGUCGCUGCUACAUCCGGUGCUGGAAACAGGGAUGUCGUGCUUACUGUCGUUGAGGUCGAAACGGGGCGCUUCUUGCACAGGUUCCCUCAUUCGAAACUAUCUUCGUACCAAUCGGCGCUAAACACUCUCCAAGCCACGACGAUUCUCGGCAUAUGCGACGACCUGCUCGACCUUCGCUGGCGACACAAGUUCUUCAUUCCGGCGGUGGCAUCACUCCCCUUGCUCAUCGUUUACUAUGUCGACUUUGGUGUCACUUCCGUGGUGGUCCCCAACUUUCUCGUCCCGUACAUGCCAAACCAAGCUCGUCUCAUCAACCUGUCGCUCUUCUACUAUCUGUACAUGUCGGCUCUGUCAAUAUUUGCGCCGAACUCAAUCAACAUCCUCGCAGGCAUUAACGGAAUCGAGGUCGGACAGUCACUGGUGAUUGCGGGGUUGUUGGUGCUCAAUUCAGCACUCUAUCUGGUCCCGUUCCCUGGAAAUCCGGUCUUGAAUCACGCCUAUGCCACCCGGCCACAUCCCGCCACGGACGGCCAUCUCAUGACGCUGUACAUUUUACUGCCAUUCCUGGCUGUGUCGACGGCCUUGUACAUCCACAACAGAUACCCGGCUAGAGUCUUUGUCGGCGACACGUAUUGCUACGUUGCGGGUAUGACAUUCGCGGUGGUGGCGAUCAUGGCGCAUUUCAGCAAGACGCUGCUUUUGCUUCUGAUUCCACAAAUCGUCAACUUCCUGUACAGCACUCCGCAACUAUUCCACUUGAUCCCAUGCCCCCGACAUCGGCUACCCAAAUUCAACGCAAGGACAGGCCUCCUUGAGCCCAGCGUGACGCCAUGGCCGCCGGAGAGACCACCCAGCAAGCUGCUGACGGCGAUUUUCUUCUUUCUGGAGAAGUUACGCCUGAUUCAAGUCACAGUAGAGCCCAAGACGAACCGCAUCUCGAGCACGUCUAACCUUACCAUCAUCAAUUUGUGGCUGGUAUGGAGAGGCCCCAUGAGAGAAGACCAGUUGACGAGGGAGUUGCUGGUCAUGCAAACGUGCUGUGGACUCUUGGGGCUGUUCGUGCGUCAUACGAUGGCGUUGCUGAUUUUCAGCAUGGAUAACCGAGGCCAAGGAUCUGCGGUAUAG